GGGGUGCACUUCACAGACCCUACAUGCAUAGCAUAUCUCAAGGACAGCUCGAACUGGCGCCAACUAUUUUGAAAACGGCAAUAAUUUCUUUCGUUCAACGCUCCUCUGUGACUCUGAGCAUCUCCCGAACUGCCCCUUCAUAUCAAUUUUGUUCUCGCUAUUCCAAAAUGCACUUCACUUUAGCCAGUGCCUACGUCCUUCUUGGCCUCUUCACUCUUUGCGGUUCCUAUCCCACUGGAACAAAUUCGCUUGCAAAGGAAGACAAGCGGCCAGCGCAAGAAUUUAUAAUGGCCGGCAUAUCCAGCAUAGGAGUGAAUCGGCAGUCUUUCCACGCAGAACCUCAGAGGAACGCGCAGAACGUAACAAUCACGUUUAUCAUGAAAAGGAAUCAACCCGAUUUGAACGAUGCAGAAAGGAUCGAGGCGGCAGCAUAUGCGAAGAUGAGCGUACUUCUCCUGCUCGAUGCGGCAUCAUCCGAGCUCGGCCUAAGUGGCGUCCCUUACAAUGUCCGCUUUACUGAGAAUACACCGUUUCCUUGUUCUAAAGCCGAUGCGGAAGCGAAAGGGUUCAGUUUAAACAUAGCUGGUAUCCCUACUUUCCAAGACGCCGUAGGACAAGCUCCCAUGGGAUGUGUGGCUGUGGCUGCAAAAAGUCAAGGGACUGCAGUGAUCGAGCGCAUCACUCCGGAACUCAGAGAAUUCUACACUGGGCAACUCAUACCACAUCAGGAAUCGCUAUUUUGGACCAGGAUGCGUCAAUUUGCGGAUUACCUGAAAGACUGGGAUCCGUAAUCUUCGAUGGGUGUCCAAGGUAGGGAGGGAGCUGUAGGGAGGUAUGGAUGUUGAUUUGUACGAUGGGAUUGCAAUGAUGUAUUGUUCAAAAAAAUUGCGCUGCGUCGUAUGUAGCGCAAUGUGUUCUCGCAUGGGUCCCGGUUGUUCCUCUUACUUACCUGGCC